GCAUUGUUUCUACAACCAAGUCUGUUCAGUAGCGAAAUUGAUACCUCCCCCAGAUCAAAGCACCAUGUCGAGUCUGCCUCACGAACUAAUCACUGGAUACCCACUUCAACGACAAAAAUGUCUACGUCAACGAAGUCGCCGGCUGAGGACAUCACUCCUCCUCGUCCUCGUCCUCCUCCAAACCCUAAGAAUAAACCGUUCUCUUCACCAAACGAAAUGGUCACUUUUAUCGUUGGCACAGAAUACAAGCAAGAGACAUUCAUGAUACAUAAGCAAGUCGCAUGCGAGCAUUCCGAAGUCUGGAAUCGGGCUUUCAAUAGCGCAUUCAUCGAGGGGCAAACUCAGACUUAUCGCAUUGAAGACGCUGACCCUGAGUCAUUUCGAUUACUGACACAAUGGGUUUACCAAGAGAAAUUCGACCACGCGCAUUCGAGAGAUUCUAGUUCCAGACACAACGGUGAUUAUGAUUUAAUAAUCCAGUGUAUGGAAGAAGAUGGUGUCCUGCUCGGUAUUUGGGUCUUGGCCGAAAAGUAUCUAAUUCGCCGACUUCAGAAUUACACCAUGCGUGUUCUGUAUAGCAAAUCCCUCGUUUGCAAUUUACACCUCGUUUCAAACGAACUUGAAUAUGUCUUUCAUAACACGGGCGAGGAAAGUGCUCUUCGUCGUUUUGUGAUUGAGCAGUAUUGCUGUGGCAAGACCGAAAGCUUUCAUAGGCAAAUUUUAUUUUCUUACCCGGUGGAGGUUCUGGUGGAUGUUAUAAUGGCCUUGAAAAGACAAAUCCCCCAAAAUGUUAGGGCGAGGGGACAUCCUCAGAUGACUGACGACAGAUAUCUGGUUGAGGAGAAUCCUCCUAUCGAAUCCUGAAUUGUAUCUUGGAUCGACAAUUUUGCGAAGAAUACCUACGGAGGGGGGUCUUUCUGGUCGGUUGACUAGACUCGGUCGAUGAACUGUCAGCAUCGUGCUACGUGAAGGGCGCACACAGAUGACUUCGAUGCGGAAAAUUGUUGAAGGAUAUGUUCAGCUGAGAGAUCGUGAUGUACACAGGCUCAUGCCUGGAGAUAGGGGUGGAGCUCGAGAUGAUGUGGUUUUGUGUUCCUCGCUCAUUGCUGUUGGCUAUUGAAGUCAAGUCAAGUUGAGAAUCCGUUCCAUCUAUAAUUUUCUUUCAUGUCAUUGUGCAAACGGUUUCUGGUGAUACUUAUUAGCUGAAUGAUGCACAAUUAAGAUUGUGAUGAUUCUUUCUCGUUUUCGAGGAUUGCAAACGUAAUGUUAUUUGAGAAGUCUUCGGGCUACCACAACCACUUGAAUCAAAAACGUCACCUUCA